UAUUAUAGUUUGUCAAUCGACUAUAACUUUGUUUCGCUGUUCUGGGGUGGAUCUCCUAAAGAAACAGAAGAAAGUCCAGUGUUCAGUUUAAGAAAACGUGAUGGUCAAUCAGCGAUGGGAGCUAUUCCUGUACAGCGGUUAAAUACAGGAAUCGCUCUGAGUCUAAGUUAUGUUUGAAACGAACGGAGACGAUUCUGUCGCCUUAUCCACGCAAACAAUUCAUUUCCCGCGAUGUCGGAGCCAUUCCUGUAUUUAGCCGCUAGUGUCAGGCUGCAGCUAACAUUUGCAUAUUUCGAAGAUGGAGCUGUUGUUAUCAGAAUAUUUUACUCUUGGAAAUAUUUUCCUUGCCAUCGUGUUCUUGCUGAUUCUCAAUCAACUGAUUGAGCUAUAUCAGUUCAGGAACAUGCCUCCGGGACCUCGUCUGACAAGUUUACCUUUUAUAGGAAAUCUGUUGAGCUUUGAUGCUGGAGAAAGCCUUCGCGAGGCCACAACGAGCAUGAGAAAGAAGUAUGGCGCUGUGUAUUCAAUGAAAGUGGGCAGUUUUAAACUUGUAGUGGCUGAAGAUGCUGAUUCUGUAAAGGAAGUGCUAGUGAAGAAGUCUGCUGAUUACGCUGGAAGGCCUCCAUUUCACAGCCUUGUAAUGACUACACUCGGAGGAAAGGAUAUCGCUUUUGCGAACUAUGGCCCUGGCUGGAAAUUUCAUCGUAAGCUGUUCAUGGCAGCUGUGCGAAAGUAUCUCUCUACAGAGAUACAGAACCAGUUAGAUGAAGUAGUCGGAAGGGACCGAAUGCCGGGGCUGGAUGAUCGUCCGCAUCUACCACUCGUUCAAGCCACCAUCAUGGAAGCACUACGACUUGGAAAUGUGGCUGAAGCAGCUCUUCCCCAUUACACUUUGAAGGACACUUCGCUGGCAGGAUACCGUGUUCCGAAGGAUACAGUAGUGCUGGUCAAUUUGAUGAACGUUCAUCUGGAUCCAAACUGCUGGGAAAAUCCCAACUCGUUCAACCCUCGCCGCCAUAUUGAUGCUGAUGGCCAGCUCAUCACCAAUUCUGGUAACUUUCUGCCUUUCUCAGCAGGACGCCGGAUUUGUGCUGGUGAAGCACUGGCAAAGGUGGAGCUGUUCCUUUUCUUGUCCUGGAUGCUGCACAAGUUUACAUUUUUACCGUCGAAAGAAGGCAACCUUCCGGAUUUAAAAGGAGUCGAUGGUUUUACUCGUUCUCCAGCUCCUUACCGGAUUAGAGUUGAGAAACGGAAUUAAAUUACACGAAUGGUGGAUAGCAAUCAGAACCUCUUUGCUUAGAACAUAGUUAUUUAACCGGCGCUUUAUCAAGAACUUGAUAUCAAAGCCUCCCAAAGGUUAACUAUGGAUUGUUGAAUUCUGUUCAAAUCGAUAAUAAGAGUCAAAAUAUUGCUUAUGCCUGUUGCUAUAUUAAUGGACUUUCGAGAGUUGAUAGAAUGAAAAUGGCGAAUGCUGACUGAAAUCUAAUAAUUUUCACAAGAAGCGUUAAACAGUUUGUACCACUAGAUGUAAA